AAUCUUUCCUGUCUACAUAUUCCUUAAAUCUGCCACUCACGUACUAUAAUAGCAUUCGAAGUUCCCUAUCAAUUCCUAGCUUACCCCACAAACCGUUCCCUUUAUCAUCAGCAUGUAAAGACAUUUCAGAGCUAAACGUUCUAUUUUCAUGUUUUCUAUUUCUUGAAAUUGCAUUCGAUCUCCGAUAGACGAGCGAAGUGUACUCCAAGUACAAUUCAAUUUCCAGCGGCCGGUCUAGUGCACUUCAAUUACAUUCUCGAUGUAUCUACGAACCGGUUGAUGGCCAUGGAGUGUGCCGUCGACGUGCACUCGCACGACGGGCGCCCAAUUUUCCGCGUUCGGACGAAUGCACAGGAAGAUAGAUCGCGGAGGCCACAGGUAUUCGCCUGGCUCCGUCACGCCGCACACUUUUUCUCCUCUACGCAUUCCACGAGGGAUCGAGUGGCCCCGGAGGGCCACGACCGCGACCCACGCGCCACGACGCGGCUAUACCGCUUCAGCGCUCAAAGUCGAAUGACGAUCGAGUCCCCACCACCCACGCAACCGUCGUGCGCGGCACGCUCGUCCUCGAGCCAGGUGCGUAGUGGGGGUGUGAUACGACCAAUCAGCGCGCAUACGUCGUACGCCGCGUCGAAUCUUGGUCACGUGAUUGGCGGCCAGCGAUUCUUCGUCUCGCUCGCAGUCGUAGUCGAGCAGCGUCGUUCCUGCAAGUCUGAUCGGUUCUUUCCUGGUAAUCCUCCACUGUCAUUGUUUAGCCUUAGGAAGGGGCGGCAAAGUUCAGCGGCUGAAAUACGCGACUGGCUUCGCUCGGCGCCGGAACCAUCCCGCACUGGCUCCGCUGAUUAUCUUCCCGCCGAGCCUUUGACACGCCUGUGCUCUCACGAAGCUAGAGAUACUCCUAGCAGAUAGACCCGGGAAUUGGUGUAUGCAAGAGAUGGUUCGAGUGACGCUGCGCGAGCCGAUUUGUUAUCGGGAUGACGCUUCUCGUUGCGGAAAUAGGAUAGGCACUCAGGAAUUGCAAUAUUUUCUAGGAAAAUCAUACGUCUGGCUUUGAUGAUUAUUCGACUCGUUGGUGUCUAAUGAUGAUAGAGGUUUGAAAUAUUCGCUUGCGUGGGUAACUCGAGAUAUUUGUUGUUUUUACGAUUUUUCGACAGUUUUUUGUAUAUGUCGAUAUUCGCAGAUAUCUUUGUAGUUUGACAAUAGACACAAUAAAGGAAUGUCAAAAUUCGGUACUAUACCAAAAUAUGAUGCAUCGGAAAUUCCACAAUCUUAUUAAAUUGGAUGUAAAAAUGUCACCACCCCUGACAUUCCCGUAGCAUAACCCUAAAUGAUUCAUUGGGAAUUCCAUAAUAUAGGAAAUCCUCCACAAUCCCAUCAACUCACAAUUAAAUCGAAGAAUUUAAUGAACACUGCGUUCUAUACAAAAUCGAAAUCCCUUUCUAAG